AUGGCGCAGAGCGCAUCGUUAGCGUCGUCCAAGGCUAGCGAGUCAUCGCGGCUCUCACUGCAGACGACCAACAAAACGAACACGUCGGAGCUCGACAAGGGUAACGACGUGGUACCCGGUUUGCUCUAUUACGAGUUUCUGCCCCUUGUGCGUCGAUCCAAGACAACAGGCCUCCUCGAGUUCCAGGAGUUUGACGACGUAGUGGAGCGUGCCAGCGACUGGUACCGGCAGAUAUGCGGCUACCGUGUGGUCUCCAUGGAGACGGUGCAGUUCAAGUUCAGGGACAAGGAUCCGGCAUCCUCUUCUUCCUUUUCGGGGGAAGCGAAGGGAGACCGCUCUUCACGCUCGGACGAAGACAGCACCAGGCUGUCGGCGCAGAAGCACUACUACGGGGACGGACUCAGGGUGUGGGUGUUCCCCUGCGAGGCACACAUCAACGGCGGCGUCGAGUUGGGCUACCUCGACCUAGAGCCCCAGUUGGUGGAGCAGCCGGCGGGCUGCAUCCGCUACGAGACUGUGCCCGACCUGCUCGAGAGGUUCAACGCCGAGCAGGCGACCGGGGCGAGGCCCGUGCCGGGCAAGGUGAUCGGGGUCGAGUCGCGAGACGUGCGCCAGCCCGAGAAGAUGCGCCGCGACGUGGACCAGGGGGACGGCUUCAGUUACUUCCAGCUCUUCAGUCUGCGCAUCUUCUUCUACAGAGGCUGCCCACUCGAGAGAGGAUACUCUACAGCUGAUAUCAGCGCAAAUGCACAAUCAAGGGAAAGGAAGCGCGGCUACAAUUGUGCCCGUCAACGAGACGAGCGACUUGGCAGAGAAUUCGCACGCUGCACGCAACACUUCGCACCUGCUUUCUUUUCUGUCGCAGAGGUCCGCGACGUGGUGCCGAAGCCGCUGGACGACUACGCCUUCGAGGACUUCACGUGUGUCCUCAAGCGGGCGUCCCAGUGGCUGCAUAGCGAGAGCCCGCUCAAGUUGUACAACCUGCAGACUCUCUUCGUCAAGGCCAAGAUCGACGUUCCUCCGGGUACGGCGCUGUCCCGCAAGGUGCGCACGCUGGUUCGAUACCUGAAGGUUCUGCGCAUCGUGUACAGCACGUUUCCCGAGAGCGCCGCCGACUUCGCGAGCCUGCGCUCUCCGCGGUGCCUGUCUCACCGCGUGUUCAUGCCGGCCCUGAGCCGAGACGGACGAGACUUGCCCGUCGCCGAGGCCAUACGCACGUUGAAGGCCAACAUGAGCCUCUGGAGCGUCGGAUUGCGAGGCAACAUCCUGUGCGCCGAGUCACUGACCGUGGACUACGACCCGUCGGGGCGUGGCCCGAGCAAGAUCAACGCGUCGGCGCCCAGCAAGUCCGAGAUCAUGGCGGCCACCAACGCCGGUGGUGCCGCGCAGCGGCGAGCUCGCGUGGUGCUCUACUUCCGCGUCUACACGGACGCGCCCGAGCCCGUCGAGAAGGCGGCCGCCGCCCCACCGACCUCCAUCAGCCGACCCCGCCUGAACGCGAACUCUGUCACACUGUCGAGAAGCGCCGCGGCUGUAGCGAACCGGAAGUGCCGCAUCAUGUGACGCUGGUCACGUGCUCGUUCCCUCGAGCUUCACACUGUGACGUCACCCGGCAGGUCUCUUGCCUUGGUUGAAUAAAGUGGCUCCAUGUAGACAUAAAUUCGUCAUGGUCCAGAUCGAGCUUGUACUCGUUACAGGAAAAAAGUAACUGAUCACAUUAACGAC